AUGAAUGUUACUCCCAGGGGUGAAGACGGUAGAGGCGAAACACAUGACGAAGAUAGCCCCCAUGAAGAUAUCGGCGAAGUCUCGGUCCCUAGAAUAUCUGUACGUUGCGAUCGACGUCUUCCAUGUUCUCACUGCACUCGAUCAGGUGCAGUGUGCAAUUAUCCUACCAAGCAGAGGCCCAAGGAAAAGCGGCAGCGAGUCUUCAUAUCUGAGCUUUACGAACGAAAGAUUGAUCUCAUCGCAGAGAAGCUUGAAGAGUUGAGUCAGGCGUUGGGCGACCAGGGCAGCAAUAAACCCAAAACCAACACUUUGCACAGCUUCACACAUAAUGAUGUUUCGCUACCGAUGCCUCCUCAAAUGACACAAGAUACACUAACGGCAGCAUUUACACCAAAUCAGGGAAAGAAUAAGAUCGUUACGCCAAAGGCAGAAUAUGAGGGAGAGUCGUCUCUUUCAGCGCAAGCUGCUUUUGCGAACAGAUUUCUUCAUGAUGCUGUCAACAAUAGGCAGUCGACUAACGUCAUGGGUGAGAUGGUCUCAGUCUUGGAAUCUUUGAGUCGUACGCUCGGAAAUCAGAAAAACCUGCAAGAUCCUGACUACCUGUACCCCAAUGCUAUUGCUCUCACACCGGGCACUUGCGUACGAGACUUACCUAUGCCACCCGUUGAGUCAGUCUUCGUCUGCUUCAGGAUGGCACAAGAGCAUCCACAAGUAAAAUUCAUGUGGAAUCUGAAUACCGCUUUGAGCCAAUCAUUCACGAACUUCUUUCUCAAAGUGUAUUCACCAGGAGAUGUUACUCAGGCAGACUUGAUAAUUGUCAAUUCUGGUCUAUACUGGCUCUUUUUGGAAUGCAUGUAUGUCACGAAAGAACACGACAAGCGAAAUCAUUUCGAAGCUCAAGCAAUCAUCUCUCGGAAUAACCUUGAGACGGUGCUCUCCCAGCUUCCAUUUCAUCUACCGUCUACAAUUGAGAUUACUCUCGCCAUGUCUCUUGCGGCGCUGUAUUGUCUCGAAGUAUGCCAGCCAUCCGCGGCCUGGAAUUUCAUAACAACAGCAGCCCACAUGAGCCAAACACUAGGAUUUCAUAGUCACGUUGCCAUGACGCAAGACAAUCCUGAAGUACAGAAAGAAAAGAGGAGGAUAUUCUGGCUUGUUUACGUACUAGAAAAAGGACUUUCUCUUCGGAUGGGUCGCUCAUCCACCAUCAGAGACGGAGAUAUCACGAUACCCCGGCCCAGAUCAGACACGGUCUCGAAUGCGGAUAUGAUGAGCAUUUUCCCAGGAUCUACGGAGUUUGCUACCAUACAGGGGAUGGUCUACGACCAGAUAUACAGCCCUGCUGCAUUGAUGCAGCCCCAGUCAGUCAGAGUAGAGCGAGCCCGGCGUCUGGGAGCUGACUUGGAAAUGCACAUGAGGAGCGUAAUGGACCACGUGAGUGAUACGCGCUGUCAGAUUCCGCAAGCAAAAAUUAUUGGAGAACAACUCCAAGAAGCCUUCAUACGAACCGACACAGUCAAUCAGCUGUCUCUUUGUUGUCUAAUACAUCGUGCAAUUCCACCUGAAGCAGGUGAGAUCAGUGCUUUUGGAGGAGCCUGUAUUGCGAGCGCUCGGCAAGCCUUAGAAGAGCAUCAAAGAUGCAUGAUCUUGGUUGCCGGAAUGGAAGAGUAUUACCUUGAAGCCUAUAUCAAUUGGGCUCUGCUAUCCUCUCCAUUCAUACCCUUCAUUGUACUGUUUUGUCACGUUAUCGAGACAUGUAACGAGUCAGACCUUCGGUUACUAGCUGCGUUGGUUGAUACUCUCCGAUCAACCGUUGCGGAUUCUUUCACAAUCGGCGUCAAGAAAGAGGUGCGGAUGUUUACGACGUUAUACGAUGUUGCUUGCAGUUAUGUUAAGCUGAGAUCGGAUGAAGAUUCUUCCCAGCUGGCCGAAGUUCAGUUCAAAAAUGGAUGGGAAUUCGCGGACGAGAACGUAAAUCCACCGGUACUACAGCCUUCGAUCUGUCUCGCAUCGCCGGGAGCAGCAUCCGAUCAGCAGACUCUGGGGCAGACCUCCAACACGUCGAACAUGAGGCCUUUCGGAGAUGUUCUCAAUGACCACGAGCCAGCAAACCAGGAAUGGACAUCAGGUUCAUUGUCGAGACCUGAGAACUAUCUGGGGGAAGUGGAUGACUAUGGAUCGCAGUUGGGCAAUUGGUUGUACAUGAACAAUCAAAUGAUCAGAGCACUUGAGAAUAAUUACUUUGGGUAG